AUGGAAGGUCUGAUAAUUUGUAGUAAAGUUUCAAGAAUGAACACUGUUGAUAUUCGAGUAAAAUUCACAAAAGACCCAUCAGACAUUUGGAGGUUACUUAAAUCAAUUGCACAAUUUCCUGAAACAGAAGAAAAACUUCGAGAAGAAAUGGCUAAUGCGUCCCAGGUAGGAGAGGCAAGAUCUCGUCUAGCAGCCGAAACCGCAGAAAAAGCACAAUUAAUUACGGCAUUGUUGCCCGCAGCGCAGGAUGCAGCUGCUUACGACUUGAAAGAAAUGUUGAAUCGCUAUAAAGAAGUAAUGCUCCUAAAUGAGGAAUUGUUAACUGGAUGUCAUGUGCGUCGUGCGACCCAAGAACAGGCUGUAGCUUCUCUUAAAAAUUUGCACAUCAUUCUUCGACAUGCAGCCAGGCUAAGAGUUGGAAAAUACAGUAAGGCUGCAGUCACUGCUUGCCGAAAGGCUGUCCAAGAUAAUAACGUUGAAGCUUUGAUAAAAAUUCUUCAGAUCGGCGAUUGUUGA